GGAAAGGAAUAAUAAAAAUGAAAACAAACGAAAACCAACGCCAUUUUUCAACAUUUUCGAUAUUUCCAACGAAAACAUUACCUCCCAGACCAUCAUUCGCACACAGUUUAAUUAAUUUCCUAGCAUCACUAUUCUAAAUACCAGUCAAAUCAAUCAGCAAGGACCUAAUCACCGCCUCUCCGUCAUCACCCGUCAGCAACCAUGGCCAACUGUUUCACACACGGCCACCACCUGCCGCGCACCACGAGCCAGUGGGACUCUGCGCUCGUCUGGUACCUGCAGCACAGUGACAAAGACAUCAACCCAGGCCCGCCGCCUCCGCCGCCUCCCACAGUGGAGCGCGAGUGGCGUGAGACCCUGCACCGCAUGCGACGAACCAACUUCAGCUGUCUGUACAGCGCCAUGGACGACGGGCCGUCCUACAAGGCCGUCACCGACCCGCCCUUCACCGCCAGCACAGAGAAACGGCUCCAGUUCGACGACAAGUUCCAGCACCCGCUCUACGAGCCGACCUCGCUGCGUCACGCCGUCGAACAGCCGGUAACGGGCGUGAUUCCGCGCACGUACGCGCCGCCCUACGUGCCACUGCCGGGCGCACCGGCCGAACAGGUAGCCGAGUAUGAGAAGUAUGAGGCGGCGCGGCGGCGGUGGCAGGGCACGACCUCAGCGCGAGCCGAGACACCCGGACACACUGUGUUCCAUUGACCGAGGGAACGGGGGUAGAAGUAGCGGGGGUGGAGGGCGUUGUAGUGUCGUCACUUGGAAUGCCAGGUGUCAAAAAUAAGGUGGUCGGUGUCAUACAAACUCAUAUGAUAUGCAUACGUGAACUGGUAAUUCCAAGAAACGGCACGUCCCAGUAAUGGUUGAAGCAUGAGGUAGGUACCUACAUUUUUUUUUCAAGAAUGUCCAGAAAAUCAUCAUGUGGAUCACGAAAAGUGCUGGUGCUUAUGACCACUGCAAAUGUAAAUUACAAAAUUGUCCUGCGAUUAAUAAACUGUCCUUGUCGAUCA